UCUCAGCUUUGAUUCCCGACCUGCUGUGAAAUGACGGAAGUACCGUCUUGGAGGGUCCUUUCUCGCGAUAUUUUCGUUUAGUAGCACUUAGCGAGGGACCUGGAAGUAAAAACUACGGUAUUAAGUCGGAUAUUUCAUUCUUUAAAAGGGGGACGCUCAAACUAAGAUGUCAGAUAGUGAUGAUAGCGACUUCUCCGACAAUCCGAGCGAGCACAGCAGCGAGGCGGAGGAGGUUGAAGAAAAUGAGGAGGAGGGCCAAGGCAGUGUCGCAGGCAGCGACAAAGGAGAGGAGGAUGCUGAAGACAUAGAGGAAGAUGAGGAAGAGUAUGAUGAAGAGGAGGAGGAGGAUGACGAUGACCGGCCUAGGAAGAAACCAAGACACGGAGGGUUCAUCCUGGAUGAAGCUGAUGUGGAUGAUGAAUACGAAGAUGAAGACCCAUGGGAGGAGGGGGCUGAAGAUAUUCUGGAGAAAGAGGAAGCUGAAGUGUCCAACAUCGACCAUGUGGUCCUGGAUGAAGACAACUCGGGCUCCCGCAGACUGCAGAACCUGUGGCGAGACUCCAGAGAAGAGGCUCUGGGGGAAUACUACAUGAGAAAAUAUGCAAAGUCUUCUGGAGGAGAACAUUUCUAUGGUGGAUCAGAGGAGCUCUCCGAUGACAUCACCCAACAGCAGCUGCUCCCUGGAGUGAAGGAUCCUAAUUUAUGGACAGUCAAGUGUAAGAUAGGAGAAGAGCGAGCCACUGCCAUUGCGCUGAUGAGGAAAUUCAUUGCCUACCAGUUCACUGACACACCCCUCCAGAUCAAAUCGGUGGUGGCUCCCGAGCACGUCAAGGGCUACAUCUACGUGGAGUCCUACAAACAGACGCACGUGAAGGCUGCCAUCGAGGGUGUGGGCAACCUGCGCAUGGGCUUCUGGAACCAGCAGAUGGUGCCCAUCAAGGAGAUGACCGACGUCCUCAAGGUCGUCAAGGAGGUGACCAACCUCAAGCCCAAGUCCUGGGUCAGGCUGAAACGAGGCCUGUACAAAGACGACAUCGCUCAGGUGGACUACGUUGAACCCAGCCAAAACACUAUAUCAUUAAAGAUGAUUCCUCGGAUAGAUUUGGACCGCAUUAAGGCACGCAUGAGUCUGAAAGACUGGUUUGCCAAGAGGAAGAAGUUCAAAAGACCUUCUCAGAGACUCUUUGAUCCUGAGAAAAUCAGGUCACUCGGCGGAGAGGUCAGUCACGAUGGAGACUUCAUGAUAUUUGAAGGCAACCGCUACAGCCGCAAGGGAUUCCUCUUCAAGAGCUUCGCCAUGUCUGCUGUGAUUACAGAGGGGGUGAAGCCCACGCUGUCUGAGCUGGAAAAAUUUGAGGACCAGCCGGAGGGCAUCGAUCUGGAAGUUGUCACAGAAACCUCAGGGAAGGAGCGGGAGCACAGCCUGCAGGCCGGGGACAAUGUGGAGGUGUGCGAGGGGGAGCUGAUCAACCUGCAGGGCAAGAUCCUCAGCGUGGAGGGCAACAAGAUCACCAUCAUGCCCAAACACGAGGACCUGAAGGACCCUCUGGAGUUUCCAGCUCACGAGCUGAGGAAGUAUUUCAAGAUGGGCGACCACGUGAAGGUGAUCGCGGGUCGCUACGAGGGCGACACGGGCCUCAUCGUGCGCGUGGAGGAGAACUUCGUCAUCCUCUUCUCGGACCUCACCAUGCACGAGCUGAAGGUCCUCCCCCGCGACCUGCAGCUGUGCUCAGAGACCGCGUCGGGAGUGGACGCCGGGGGCCAGCACGAGUGGGGGGAGCUGGUGCAGCUCGACCCACAGACGGUGGGGGUCAUCGUGCGGCUGGAGAGGGAGACCUUCCAGGUGCUGAACAUGCACGGGAAGGUGCUGACCGUGCGCCACCAGGCUGUGAACCGGCGGAAGGACAACCGUUUUGCCGUGGCCCUGGACUCUGAGCAGAACAACAUCCACGUCAAGGACAUCGUCAAAGUCAUCGACGGACCCCACUCGGGGCGUGAAGGGGAGAUCCGUCACCUCUUCCGCGGGUUCGCCUUCUUGCACUGUAAGAAGCUGGUGGAGAACGGAGGCAUGUUCGUCUGCAAGACGCGCCAUGUGGUCCUGGCUGGAGGCUCCAAGCCCAGAGACGUGACCAACUUCACGGUUGGCGGCUUUGCGCCCAUGAGCCCCCGCAUCAGCAGCCCCAUGCACCCGGGAGGAGGCGGCGGUCAACAGCAAAGAGGUGGAGGUGGUGGCGGCAUGGGGCGUGGCCGGGGCCGACGGGACAACGACCUCAUUGGACAGACGGUCCGCAUUUCCCAAGGACCGUACAAGGGGUACAUCGGGGUAGUGAAGGACGCCACGGAGUCCACUGCUCGAGUAGAGCUGCAUUCCACAUGCCAGACCAUCUCUGUGGACCGGCAGCGUCUCACCACUGUUGGUGCUAAGAGGCACGCAGGAAUGACCUCCACCCACGGGAGGACCCCCAUGUAUGGCUCACAGACCCCAAUGUACGGGACCGGCUCCCGGACCCCCAUGUACGGGUCUCAGACCCCUCUCCACGACGGAAGCCGCACCCCUCAUUAUGGCUCGCAGACCCCUAUUCAUGAUGGGAGCAGGACUCCAGGGCAGAGCGGAGCGUGGGACCCCAAUAACCCCAACACACCGUCCCGGGCUGAGGAGGAGUACGAGUUCGGCUACGACGACGAGCCCUCCCCUUCGCCGCAGGGCUACGGCGGCACGCCCAACCCCCAGACCCCAGGGUACCCCGAGGUGCCCUCUCCGCAGGUCAACCCGCAGUACAACCCCCAGACCCCCGGCACCCCUGCCAUGUACAACACGGACCAGUACUCCCCCUACGCUGCACCCUCCCCUCAGGGCUCUUAUCAGCCCAGCCCGAGUCCGCAGAGCUACCACCAGGUGGCCCCCAGCCCUGUGGGCUACCAGAACACGCACUCUCCAGCCAGCUACCACCCCACCCCCUCGCCCAUGGCCUACCAGGCCAGCCCCAGCCCCAGCCCGGUAGGGUACAGCCCCAUGACCCCCGGAGCCCCCUCUCCUGGAGGUUAUAACCCCCACACCCCUGGGUCCAACAUCGACCAGACCUCCUGCGACUGGGUCACUACCGACAUCCUGGUGCGGGUCAAAGACACCUUCAUGGACGGGCAGGUCAUGAACCAGACCGGGGUGAUUCGCAGCGUGACGGGCGGAAUGUGUUCCGUCUUCCUUCAGGACACGGAGAAGGUGGUGAGCAUCUCCAGUGAACACCUGGAGCCGGUGACUCCAACCAAGAACAACAAGGUGAAGGUGAUUUUGGGAGAGGACAGGGAGGCCACCGGGGUGCUUCUGAGCAUCGACGGGGAGGAUGGCAUCGUGAGGAUGGAGCUGGACGAGGCGCUGAAGAUCCUCAACCUCCGUUUCCUCGGGAAACUGGAAGUGUGACACCGCCCUCACCCCUCCCCUGCGCAGCCACGCAGUGCUUAGAAUGUAAGCCAGCAAGAAAAUGUGCGCGCGCUUCUGCAAUGGGUUUUUUAUUUUUAUUUUUCAUUUUCCCCCUCCAUUACUUCCUUCACAGAGAUUUGAAAUAUGAUGGUAGGUGGAGUAUUUGGCUAUUUUUCCAUUUAGAUUAAACCUGUUUCCAGUACCCGUGCUCUUUGGUGUAGUCUACAUGUACCUUUUAUUUUGUUUUUGGUGUAUUCAUUUCCUCUUGGGAAAGUGAAUUCCACCUCAAUAAAUUUCUGAAAUUGA